AUGCCUUUCGAUCGCAGCUGUUGGAAAAAUAAACGAAAUAGCAGAUCUCACGGGACCGAUUUGGAUCGCAUAAUUAAUAGGUUACUAAAAGAUCAUCAUCACGCCGAUGUGAUGAUCAUGAUAACUCCGUCAAGUAGACAUCAAAAUCUUUAUAAAUUGCAUGUAAUCGAGCGCUACAGUCGCGUACACUUGGGCAUGACCAGCAUAACGCAAUCAGAACUAAAUAAUUUGAAGCUGAGUGAAGCAUUUCAAAAGUAUUGCAUUGCCUUCAGUUCACGUUACAUCAAUUUGAAAACGGUUGCCCUCGAAAGUAAAACUAUUAAUAAUUUGGUUAAUGCUUUAAAUAGGAACUGUUGCUGCCUUCAGUUUAGUACGGAGACCAGCAAUUGUAUCGGAUCGCAGUGUGCUAUUAAGAAACAAAUUAGCACAGCUGGUGAUUUUUUUAAACAAAAUCCUAAAGUAUUGGAAGCUACGAAGGGUAUCAUGCAAACUAAUCUAGAGGCUGGCGACGGACUUAUCGCAACCGAAAGAGAAAUGCUUUACCUUAUCCACUGCAUUAAUGCAUGUUCACCAACCAGGGGGAAAGAUAUUGAACGCUUUUUUAAAGUAGCCGAACAUUUGAAAUUUAAUAUCAUUUUACGUCCGGAAUUGUGUUGGAUAUUAUCACCCAUUCUCAACGACGACGUUGCUAAUCUGACACGAUUUCAUUUGGAAUGUUUUAUGUCAGAUAAUAAAUACAUGGGGAGUAUUUGUCUAGACAGUGAGGAGUUGUUCAGGAAAAUAGACAAGAAUCCUGGCCUACUGGACAAAAUUCAAGUAAUUGAGGACGUGUUUGAAAUUACAUCACUACCGCCAAUUUUAAUAAAACUAUUUCGCAACUUAUGCGCAUGUUUAGGCUUAGAGCUUCUUUAUGAUAUCGUAGGGGAAUAUCUUUUUAAUCGGUAUAAAAACGUAGUCUCCUUACAAACUGUGUAA